AUGCGAUGUACUCAAUAUUCCCAGGAAAUGCGGUUACCAACCUGCCGCACAUUUCUUGGGUUAUGGAUUCUGGCUUGUUCGAUAUCAACUGUUUUGACAGAUGAUGCUCAUGAUCGGCACCAACAUCCCAGCGAUUCUAAAGAACCGUUUGAGUUUACGGACUCCAUGGAAGCAGAGACAAAUAUGACUGCCGCUCCGGCAAUCAAAUUCGAUAACAUAAAAUCAGAAGAUUAUGGAGACGUUGUAGAACUGAAGAACCAGCCUGAUGAACUUGACACCGAAGUGAUUGAACAACUCGUCGACAGAUUCCUUAACACCGGUUCACUUACAGAUAAAAACGCACCAAAAUCUGCUAACCCUGCUGCUCAAGCACUUGUUGGCAGCAGCAGUUAUUGGGACACAGAUGGAAUCAAGGAGCCCGGCUCAAUCAAGGAUGAGGUCAUUAUGAGAAAAUGGAUCGAGGGCUACCAAACUGAGGCGCAAAAGGUGCUAAAAGAAGUUGCUGCUGCCGGCUGGAAGUAUUUCAGUCAUGCAUCACAAGGAGCUAAGCAGAGUUUGAACGAAGCUGAACAGGUGCUAAAAGAAGUUGCUGCUGCCGGCUGGAAGUAUUUCAGUCAUGCAUCACAAGGAGCUAAGCAGAGUUUGAACGAAGCUGAACAGGUUCUGUCGCGGUUCGUUCGUUCGACAUCAAUGCAGGCGAAGCAGUUCGAUUUGGAGUCAAUCACUGAUGCAGAUCUGAAACGUCAACUUGGUUACGUAGCUUUUGAAGGAAUGUCAGCUUUAUCGCCGGCUGAAUACACAGCGUUCAAUCAGGCACAAAACAUGUUGAAUCGAGAGGCGAGUGAUGUGUCGAUCUGUGAUCUUCGAUGUACCACCUCCAUGAAAAUUGACCUCGAAUCAAUAUUCCGCACGGAGAGAGAUGGCAAAAGACUUUCUCAUCUUUGGAUCUCGUACCUCACUCGAGUGGCAAAACUGAAACCUACAUAUCAAAAAUUGAUAGCAUUCACCAAUAAAGGAGCUAAAGCAAACGGUUUUACGGAUGGCGGAGCGAUGUGGCGAAGUGCUUUCGAUUUGUCUGCAAAAAACACUCCACCAGCUUUCGAUCUCAAAGACCAAAUCGAGAAAAUCUAUCAAAAAAUUGAGCCACUGUAUAAACAAUUACAUUCUUAUGUUCGACGACAAAUUGCCGGCAUCUACUCGAAUCCGCCUGGCCUCAGCAAGAAUGGACCAAUUCCAGCCCAUCUCUUCGGCUCUGUCGAGGGCGGUGACUGGUCGGCACACUUUGAGCAGACAAAACCCCAUGAUGACCAAUCGACCCUUCCCGAGGACAUGUUAUUCGCAUUCCAUACACAGAACUACACUACAAAGCAGAUGUUUGUUAAGGCUUAUCGAUACUUCAAAUCAAUCGGAUUUCCUUCACUGCCAAAAACGUUCUGGACGAAUUCGCACUUCGCUCGAGUCUGGAGUCGUGAUAUGAUCUGUAAUCCUCCAGCAGCCCUUGACAUGAGGGAUGGUAGCGAUUACAGAGUGAAAACAUGCGCACAAUUGGGUAUGCCGGAUUUCGAGCUGGCUCAUUCUCUUAUGGCACAAGUAUACUACCAAUACCUCUACAGGCAACAACCGUUUUUGUUCAGGGAACCGGCUUCAUCGUCCAUCAGUGAAGCAAUCGCCAGGGUUUUUGCACACUUGUCAACUAAUCCUCAUUAUCUAUACUCUCAGAAACUGGUCCCCGCAUCACAUCUGGACAUCAAGGAUUCGCUAAUCGUCAACAAGCUCUACAAAACCAAGUACGAAGGAGUCCGUGCACCUGAACCUUACAACUCUUCCAAUUUGGACGCUCUCAUGCACAGUGCUAUUUCGCAAGUUCACUCACCGGCCAUCAAGUCACUGAUCAGUUAUGUAGUGCAGUUCCAAAUUCUAAAAUCGAUGUGCCCAGCUGGAACAGUGCUGAGCGAAGGAUGUAUUCUCUCUGAAGUUACCACAGAGAAGCUUCGCGAGACAAUGAAGAAAGGAUCGUCUAUUACAUGGUUACAAGCACUGGAACAGAUUACUGGAUCUUCUCAGCUCGAUGCAUCACCUUUGCUGGAGUACUAUGAACCGUUGGCGGAUUGGCUGAGGAACACCAACGAGAUCGAUCAGACCGUACUCGGAUGGGAUGUGAAGAAAUCCCGAAGCCAAGAGCUGGUAUGGACGGUGGUAGUGGCAUCCUUAGCGAGGAUCGCGUUGCCUUCCCUGGCAAGUGGACUGUGUGCGAAUGGACAAGAAUGUCUUCUGGAUUCACACUGUAACGGAACCCUAUGCGUGUGCAAUGAAGGGUUAUAUACGUUGGAAAUCGGUGCCACGGUGAACUGCGUCCCAGGAAAUCCAGCUGAUAGCGGUUUCGGUGAUGGAAAGGGAGGAUUAGUUAUCGGACUGUACUCAUCGGAGACGACUCCAAAUCCAGAGCCAGAGCCGACGACGGCCUCAAAAGCGACCACUCAACGGCCAAAAUCGACUACAUCAAAUUUCCUCACGACGCCGACGCUUUUACUUGCUGCUCUGGUCUAUUUAUUGUAA